AUGCGGGACCCCAAGUUGUGGAUGGUUCGUUUAAAUAAGAGCGGGACGGAGCGGCAAGAAGUAAUUGCCAUUUUAAAUAAAUGUUUUCUUCACGCCAAGCAAGGAGUGGAUUUGCAAAUUUAUUCUGUCUUCGCCUCCGAUGACUCCAAAG